UGCAGCACACACACAACUGGGCAAAGUGCUGUGAGAUCCCUGCCUAUGGACGGGCACCUGUCAUGACAAAAUGGAAGUGCAGGCAGGCCGGCUACCAAUGGAAGGGUUCGAGCAGCUGAGGCUGAAGAGCCGACCCGAGCUCACCUCCACAUCUCUCACCCGAGUUGGUUCUAACGUGUACAGUACUGUUCAGCAACAUGACUAUUCUGCAAGUGUGUGGCUAAGAAAAAAGGACAAACUUGAACAUUCUCAACAGAAAUGCAUUGUGGUCUUUGCCCUGGUGUGCUGCUUUGCAAUACUGGUUGCCUUGAUAUUUUCCGCUGUGGACAUUUGGGGAGAGGAUGAGGACGGAAUCACUGAAGACAACUGUAGCAAAAACUGUCGGAUUGUUCUUGUAGAGAACAUCCCUGAAGACCUGUCCUAUUUGGACAAUGGCACUGUCCAUCUAUCUCUCUAUCAGGGCCUGCUCAGCCUUUUGGAUUCAGCUGAGAAGACAGUGGAAAUUGUAUCUUCUCACUGGGCCCUAAACAAUACAGACCCGGAACAGAGUCAUCCUUCAACCUGGCAGAGCAAGCAGCUGUUUAAAAGACUACGUGGUUUACAGUCUCGUGAAAAAAAUCUGAAAAUAGCCAGUGAUCUAAAGCAGAAGGAUUCCAAGGAAUUGAAAGAUCUAGAAGCCAGUGGUGCUGACAUACACUUUCUGAACAUGACAGCGUUAACCAGAGGCAAUCUGCGCUCCUCUUUCUGGGUUGUGGAUAAGAAGCACAUGUACAUUGGCAGUGCAAGCAUGGAUUGGCACUCCAUGGCACAGAUGAAAGAGCUUGGUGUUAUUAUCUACAACUGCAGCUGCUUGGUGCUGGAUUUGCAUAGAAUAUUUACCCUUUAUUGGCAACUGGAAUACAAAGACUUUGUGCCAACAAAGUGGUCCAAGAGGGUGUUUGCUUUAUCCAGUAAAGUGGAGCCCCUCAAACUGCACCUCAAUGACUCAAAGGCUGAGGUUUUUUUAUCAAGUUCUCCAAGCAUCUUUUGCCCUAAUGACAGAACCAAAAAUAUUGAUGCCAUCAACAGAGUUAUUUCUGGUGCCAAGAGGUUUAUCUAUGUGUCCAUAAUGGACUACCUACCUCUAGUCAACAUAAGUUCUCACAGUUCAGGAAGCACACAACCAAACAGAUAUUGGUCCCGUAUUGAUGAAAUGCUCAGAGAGGCUCUGUUAUUGCAUAACAUCAAAGUACGUCUGCUUAUAAGCUGCUGGAAACAAACACAUCCCUUAACUUUUAACUUUGUUUGGUCUUUGAAGACCCUCUGUGCCGAGAUACCGGAUUGCAGUUUAGAAGUGAAAUUUUUCUGCCUGACAGAACAGAAGAAUGCUACUUUUCCUGAAAUUAAUCGAAACAAAUUCAUGGUGACUGACCGAGCAGUUUAUAUUGGAAACAACGACUGGAUUGGAAAUGACUUCACUUACAACACAGGUGUAGGUCUUGUCAUCAGUCAAGCAGAGGCACCGUCAAACUCCACAAUUGUUGAGCAACUAAAGGCUGUGUUUGAACGGGACUGGUACUCCCGGCAUGCCAAAAGUUUACAAGCAAAUAAGAUCCCUGAAUGCAUUAAGCAAAAAAUGAAACACCCAGCAGGUCUUAAGGUCCCUUAAAACAAUGGGGAGUGGAAAGACAUUUUACAAAAAUUAAAACUUGCAUUGACUGGAUUUCACUUCUAUUACCAGAAAAAAAAGGAAAAGAAAAGAAAGCUAUUUUUAACGUGUCUUUUUUCAUAGUGAGUUUUGCAUUUUCACUUUUGGCAUCCAUUAUUUAAAAUAUGUUUUAAUUUAUGGUAUUGCCACAUAAGAACGGAACUCUACAUGUGCUGUAGAAGACAGACAAUCAUGCUGUUUCUUUGUUUUCCUGUCAACAUCAACCAUAGAAUGGACCCCAGGAUAUCCGUGGCCUGCCAGAAUGGAGUGUAGGAAAUAGAUCCUUCCAGUUUUGGUACUACUGCAUAUUCUGCAGAGAACAUAGGUGUGAUUGUGCAGUGCAGUUCGGUUCUUUAUAUUCUGGAGAGAUAUGGAAUUUUGGCCUUGACACUGCAAAGUUUUCUUACUAUGCAAAGUCUGUUUUAUAUCUUAUCUGUGGUGUUGCAACGGAAAAAAAGUUUCAAUUUAAGCACUUGCUUCUUUUUUAAUGAAGUACAGUACGUAAGCUAUAUAUUAUUUUGAAGUUUACUGAAUCUGUGACCACCACAGAAAGUCAUGACCCCACCCCCUCCCCAAAAGGAAGAUGGAAUUGUAUUCCAUUGUGCAGUGAUAGCUUGUAAUUUCAUAUAGACUGCCUUAAUCCAGUCUACAUAACCUUAAUUAGAAGGGGAUAAAAGCAUACUUAUUGAUGUUUUCAUAAAAAAGAACACAGGGUACGUUGAUUUGUCAAAACCAAUUACUUAACUAACAAAGUUAUCAAAUGCAGCAUAUAAAAAGGCAUCAUUACAAGAUUUGCA